UUGUUCUCCCUCCCAUGUACACUACAAGCUAGUGACGUAACUGAGAGGUCACUGCUGUCACUGGAGCCUGUAUAUAGCAUUUGACUUCUGAGAAAGGACAUAGAAAAGCACAAUGCCUGAAGAGCUCCCUUUCAACAUAAACAUCAAGGAGCCACGAUGGGAUCAGAGCACAUUCGAGGGCAGAGCCAGGCAUUUCUUCAUGGUGACGGAUCCUCGCAACGUCCUUCUUGGACCUAAAGUUCUGGAUGAUGCAAAGAACAUUGUAGAGAACUACAGAAAGGGAAUACCCACACCGGGCCUUACUGAAGACCAACUAUGGCGGGCAAAAUACAUCUACGACUCCGCUUUCCAUCCAGACACAGGAGAGAAGAUGGUCUUGAUAGGACGGAUGUCCGCUCAGGUGCCCAUGAACAUGACAAUCACCGGCUGCAUGCUGACAUUUUACAGGACUACUCCAGCAGUUAUAUUUUGGCAGUGGGUGAAUCAGUCCUUUAAUGCGGUUGUGAACUACACCAACAGGAGCGGAGAUGCACCCAUCACACCAGGCCAGCUGGGCACAGCUUACGUCUGUGCAACCACUGGAGCUGUUGUUACGGCUCUAGGACUCAAGUCAUUGACCAAGCAUCUUCCUUCCCUGGUGGGGCGAUUUGUGCCCUUUGCUGCUGUAGCAGCUGCCAACUGCAUCAACAUCCCCUUCAUGAGGCAGAGAGAGCUGAAAUUUGGAAUCCCCAUUACAGAUGAGAAUGGAAACAGACUGGGAGAGUCUACGACAGCAGCCAGGCAAGCAAUCGCCCAGGUGGUGGUAUCUCGGAUUGGCAUGGCAGCGCCAGCCAUGGCAAUUCCUCCAGUGAUAAUGAACAUAUUGGAGAAAAGAGCAUUUCUUAAGCGCUACCCAUGGAUGAAUGCGCCACUGCAGGUCGGCCUGGUUGGGCUCUGCCUGGUCUUCGCAACUCCGCUUUGCUGUGCACUCUUCCCUCAAAAUAGCUCCAUGAGAGUAUCCAGCCUGGAGCCGGAGGUCCGCAAACUCAUCUUGGAGAAGAGCCCAAACACAGACAUUGUAUACUUCAACAAAGGACUCUAGAACCGAAUAAUACCAUCCACAUACAUCGAGCAGACUAUAUAUGAACAUGGCGUUUAUACAAUUCACUUUACAAGCUGCUAUCACACAUUGCAUUUUUCCAUGUGGGUAUAUUCCCCGGUUUUCUCAGGUACAACCAGCAACAGUUUCAUGUUUUGUGACUUUGUUUUGGUUUGAUGUUUUCCUGGAGAAUUGAAUACAUUCCAGUGACAUCUUCCAGGAGGUGUUACAAGAGGAUGCAUUGUCAUUUGAAGCUGAGAAGUGAAGACAUAUGGCGCUCAUUAAAUAUACAAGAAAACAUACUUCUGCUUCUCAUCUAUUAGUCGUUUUCUUUUCCUAGGAAAUCGGUAACUGAACCAGAGUGCAAAUAAGAUGCCCUGCAGUAAAUUACUGACUGGAACUGUUUUGGUAAAUCAGAGGCUGAAUGUGCUUUGAAUAUUCUUUAGCUCUGCUGUACAUGUAUGUACUAUUGUAGUUAUUCCAAACGUAUACAUAUAGACAUACUAGUAUGUUUAUGUGAGAGACAAGACAGCUAUGAGGAGCAAACCUUAUAUGUCGACAUAAGCACAUCAUUUGGAAUAGAAAACACUGCUGCGGAAAAAUCUUUAAUUACAGGGGCACAUGACAAAUUAGGGGACAGAUUUCUGAAAACGGGGAGAGUGAUAAAGUGGAGAGAGAGAAAGUACCAAUCAAUCAGCUCCUGUCAUUUUUCAAAUACAGCCUGGAACAUGGCACUUAUGUGCUGAUUGGUUGAUACUUUAUCACUAUCCUAGCUUUGAUAAAUCUCAUUCCUUUGUUGCUGACACCGGAUCCCCUCUUUGGGCCUUAUUUAGAGGUGUACACUACUAAUGUGUGAAAAUAUGCUAUUGCAUCGCAAAUCCCAGCAGCUGGGUUGGGGCUGGGAGACCCACACCUGGGUCCCGACGGUCAGUAUACUGACCCCGGGAUCCCGGCAGCAGAAUGCAGGGGAACGAGCGCAACAAAGCCCCUUUCACUCACCACACAGCUGGCUCGAUGGCUUGCUACGCUCGCCACAGGUUCUAUUCCCACUCUAUAGGUGUCAUGUACACCCACGAGUGGGAAUAGUCUCUGUGGGUCGGCAUUCUGUCUGCCGGUAUUUUCAAGAUCCCGGCACUCACCACAGGUUCUAUUCCCACUCUAUGGGUGUCGUAGUCCUGAGCGCCCAUCACAUGACCGCAUCCCCAGCAGCUGCAUACAGAAACACAGCACCGGACGCAAAUCCUUCCAUAAAAGACCAUCUAAGUAACCAUAAGGUCGCACAGGAUGGCCGCGGGAACUGAUACGCUACCACCAUGUUUUCUGCAUAGAGAAUCACAGUCGCAGCCUAAGACACGCCCAGAAAAUGGUCACAGAAAAUGACUCAUCUGUGUUUUUGCCGCCAUUGCCCACACAUCUCUCAAGCAGUCCUUGGCUGUCAAUCACUUUGAGAAUAAAACCUCGCUGCGAGCGAGAUCUCUAAAGUACCUUGGUGCUUGCACAGUGUAACGCAUGCGCAGUUUACCGAUAUUCGCUCAACACCGUAAAUAUUGGAAAUGCACAAUACUCUGAAUUAACAACUUGUCAAGCUAAGAAGAGCAUAGCAGAGGGUCAUGGGUAGAGAGGCACUGCCAGGCCAGCCCUCACCACCGGGUUCCAUGAGUAUUGUAUGUCCUAUUGUUUCAUUGCAUUAACAGAUAUCUUACAGAUUUUAAGGCUGACUAAAAAUAAGAAAUGUUAAUUUAUUAAAGCAGUGCUUCCACCAGUGCUAAAUAUUUUACUAGGAUGCUCCUACUCCUAGCUGUAUCCCAGGGAGCUGCUACAUGUAGUCGUUUUUUCCAAAUGCUUGGCCAAUAAAUUGAUCUUGCUUGUGAUUGGUGCUCCUGUAGACCAGGGCUGGACGAAGGAGUUUGGGGGCACAUGCCAAUACAAUUGUCAGUAAAGGGCCAUACACAUUUGACGAUAAAAUGAGCAACGUUGCUCAUUUUCCCCCUUCCUGAGUGAUGUCGCUCAUUUUAUCGGCAGGUGUGUAUGCCGCCAGCGAUAAUCUAUGCGCGGCCCUGCGGGUCGGCAAUGAUCUUCGCUGUCGGCAGUGCAUGCACGCUCUAUCUGGAUUAUCAUCCAGCAGCUGCAUGCAUGGCUGCCGACCGCUCUGCCCGAUAGGGGAAACACUAGACUGCGUCAUGCGUAGAGCAAUAUCGUCUAGUGUGUAUGGAUCUUAAGAUAUACUGGUGAUGUAUAAAAGUAUAAUGUGUCAAUUCUCCCAGCACCACAGAUGUGCAAAGAAAUAAUGUAGUGUCCCCCAGUACACAUUAUGCCAUAGAAACCCCAGGGUUCUUAUGCUGCUAUAUGUGGGGGGCCCCCAUGUUGUGGCCCCUGAGCAGUCACCCUCACUCCCCUGUUAUUAAUCCAACACUGCAGCUCACCUUCCUACGCCUCUUCCCCUGACAUUGGCUGGGCUCUAACAAAAAUUACAAAAAACAUAGAAGAACCUCAGGACUUAAUAAAAUCUCUAUGUGGAAGUGCAACUUUAAAGAGACACUUCUAUAAAAUAUAAAAACAUUUUUUUAAAGGCAAUAUUCCCCAAAUCAGAGUUAAGAUAUGUAUUUAUACGUCAUUUGUAAUUGGUUGAUAAAUAUAUUGAAUAGCAACUGCCUCAGUAAGUAAAUGGCAAAUAAAUAAUCUUUACAUAUAGUAGUAAACAAUAUUAUUACAUAUGAAAUAAAAAUAUAACAUUUUAA